AAUUACAAUGCAUCUCGCACACAAUUUUCCCACCGAAAUUACCGUUGGAACUCUCUAGCUCUAUCCAGGCACAGACAAACGGGAACUCAUUUCAAACUUGCACGCAAACCUCUCUCUCUCUACUUUUUAGCAGAAAAUCAGAGAACUGAAGCGUGAGAAACAAACCCACUAAAUCUCUGAAGACACCCCCUACGGUCUUCACACUAUCAUGGCAUUUUCUCUAUCUUCCUUUGCAUCUCCUACAAUCUUCACACUAUCAUCGCCGCCAUCGCCACCCGCCAGAUCUCUCAAGACACCCUCUUUCUUGAUCUCCACCAAAAACCCAAAUCGUAACUUACCAGGCAGAGCGAAAAAUCUACCUCCUCUGAGAGUAGCUGCGCCUGCAUCGCCGCCGCCACAAACCGCUGACCCAGAAGGACAGAGGGAACCGGACGGCGAAGAUUACGGAGCUGAGGACGAGAUUGAAGACGCGACAUCGACGAGCAAGUUCAAUUGGAGGGAUCAUUGGUACCCAGUUUCUUUGAUUGAAGAUUUGGACCCUCGGUUGCCGACCCCAUUUCAGCUUCUGGGUCGAGACCUUGCUAUCUGGUACGAUGGUGAAUCGUGGGUCGCUUUCGAUGACAGAUGCCCUCAUCGCCUCGCCCCCUUAUCUGAAGGACGGAUUGAUGAAGGCGGAAACUUGCAGUGUUCAUACCAUGGAUGGUCAUUUGAUGGGUGUGGAUCAUGUGUUAAGAUUCCUCAAGCUUCAUCUGAAGGCCCUGAAUCUCGUGCUGUUCGGUCUCCAAGAGCAUGCGCUACGAGGUUUCCUACGCUGGUGUCUCAAGGCCUGCUCUUUGUUUGGCCGGAUGAGAAUGGUUGGGAAAGAGCUAAUGCCACCAAGCCUACCAUGCUACCUGAUGAAUUUAGUAAACCUGAGUUUUCGUCAGUGACAAUCCAGCGUGAUCUGUUCUAUGGCUAUGAUACCCUCAUGGAAAAUGUCUCUGAUCCUUCCCACAUUGACUUCGCUCAUCACAAGGUCACCGGAAGGAGAGAUAGAGCCAAACCUUUGCCAUUUAAACUCGAGGAUAGUGGUCCUUGGGGUUUUUCUGGAGCAAAUGAAGGCAACCCACGGAUUACUGCUGAGUUUAUAGCACCUUGCUAUUAUUUGAAUAAAAUAGAGAUUGACACAAAGCUUCCAGUAGUUGGAGAUCAAAAAUGGGUUAUAUGGAUUUGCUCCUUCAACGUUCCAAUGGCACCAGGGAAGACUCGCUCUAUUGUAUGUAGUGCUCGAAACUUCUUCCAGUUUAGCAUGCCAGGGCCCGCUUGGUGGCAGGUGGUUCCUAGAUGGCAAGAGCAUUGGACUUCAAAUAAGGUUUAUGACGGAGACAUGAUUGUCCUUCAGGGCCAAGAGAAGGUCUUUCAUGCCAAAUCCAAGGAUGAAUCUGGUGAUGUUAAUCAGCAGUACACAAAAAUCACAUUUACUCCGACACAAGCAGAUCGUCUUGUCUUGGCAUUUCGAAACUGGCUGAGGCGGCAUGGCAACAGCCAACCCGAGUGGUUUGGUACUUGUGACCAACAACCCUUACCGUCAAUGGUUUUAUCAAAACGUCAGAUGCUGGAUAGAUUCGAGCAGCACACCCUCAAAUGCUCCUCGUGUAAGAAAGCUUAUACAGCAUUCCAGACAUGGCAGAAGCUGCUAGUAGGGGCAACCGUUGUUUUCUGUGCAUCAACCGGGAUUCCUUCGGAUCUGCAGCUACGGAUCAUUUUGGCAGGUUUUGCGCUUCUGAGUGCUGGCUUGGCUUACGCUUUGCAUGAACUCGAAAAGAAUUUCGUGUUUGUAGAUUAUGUACAUGCUGACAUUAAUUAGAGUUGCGGAUUAUGAUCGACGGGCUGGCACCAAGCGCCUAAGCUGCCUCGGUGGAUUUAAGUAAUUUUAUUAUACAUCAUAUAAAUUAAUUCAAUUUACUACAUAAUAUGUAAAUAAACAUUGAAUAUGUUAGUAUUUUUAAAAGAAAAAUAUGGGUAAGAAAAUAUGUAUAAUUUUAGACACUUUGUAUAAUUUUCUAAGCCAAUAAAUUGUUUUGGGCCUUU